AUGACACAAUUCCCGAUCCUCGAUCUCCCUCCAGUGCUCCAAGCAUUGGUGGUCCAACGCGUUGCAAAGAACUCUUUCGCAGAUCUGUAUAGACUACGAUCUACUUGCAAGUCGAUGCGUGCAUUGGCAGACGAAGGUGGGGUGUAUGCUUCCUUUCAUUUAUUUAACUACCCUUGGUCCCUUGGCAGGCGGCAUAUGUUGUUAAGAAGAUGCUAUGAGGAGGGUAACCCAAGUACUCUUUACGUCAAGGGUGUGGAGUAUUUCUGCGGGUUAGACCGUCUAGAUGAAGGACUCCGUUUGUUAAAGAGAGCAGCGAAUGCAGGAAACGAACGAGCGUUCUAUACCUAUGCAAUGACUCGCAAAAUUUUCUGUGAGGAUGAGGAGUACUUUUCUCGUUUCACAAGAGAAUCCGUUGCUAGAAUGGGAAUGGUGGCUAGAAAUGAAAUCUAG